GAACCGAUUGCUGAAAUCGGAUUGCGCACGGACGUAUAUUCGUCUCGAUAUCUUUAAUUAGAGAUCUGUGAUGUACAAGCUCGGCGCCGCGGGAAAAAUCAUUACGUCCAAGAUUAAUUUCGUACACUCAAAGAGGAAAGGAAUUUUCAUAUAUAUAAAAAAGAUGUACAAAGACUCAAUAAGUCUUCGAUGUCGUAGAAGUUUUUUAAAUUUUCGAUUAUAUUGAACAUCCCUUGACCGUCCGACUGAGAAACGAGGUCAAGUUUAGUCGAAAAACACAUUAAAGGUCAUCAACUCCUAUCUAAUGGAGUAUUAAUGACAAAAGUGUUUGACUGAGAGAUGCACCAAGAGUAUCCAGUACAGAGACACUGUUCUUACACAACGUAUAAGUAAACUACUGUUGUUGACAAGAUGAAAUUGCUGGAGAGUACACGUUUUGAAGCCAUAAACAGUGCCUUGUCCAUCAAGACUGGAGACAGCAAAAUAAUAGGCAGAAUAGAGAGCUACUCUUGCAAAAUGGCUGGAAAUGAUAAACAGCUAUAUAAACGUUUCAAUGCAGAACAAGGUUUUACUCCACAUGAUCUUCAAGCUUUAUCACCCCCACAAACAUCAUUAGGAACAUCCCCUGCUCAAGGAUACUUUAGUCGCAGUAUUUCUGGUGAUGAAGAUGGUCCAUUAUGUGAUACAAUCAGUAGAAAAACACUAUUCUAUUUGAUUGCUACUUUGAAUUCUGCUUUUCAUCCAGAUUAUGAUUUUUCUGAUGCUAAAAGUCAUGAAUUCAGUAAAGAGCCGAGCUUGCAAUGGGUCAUGAAUGCUGUAGACAGUAAUUUGAGUGCAACUGCGGGAGACCAUUAUCGUACUUUACGAACGGCACUUUGGGCUGCCAUUGAUGACGAAAUAUCAUUAAACGAAUGUGAUAUUUAUAGUUACAAUCCAGAUUUUGCAUCUGAUCCAUUUGGAGAAGAUGGAUGCUUAUGGUCUUUUAAUUAUUUCUUCUAUAAUAAAAAGCUAAAACGUAUUGUGUUUUUUCCAUGCAGAGCAAUAAAUCCUCUCUACGUAUUAGAUUCUGGUGUUGGCAGUGACUUUGCUAUGGAUGAAGAUGAAGACAGAUACUAAAUUCAUAAUACAUGUUUAUACAAACUUCGUCACUAUCUUUAUUAGUUUUGCCACAAAGGCAUGAAUGAACAUUAAAUUUUAUCUAUUACAUAACUUAUACAAUGAUACAUCUCAAAUUUUUCAUAAUUAUUUCGUUUAUUUUCACUUGUAAUAAUAUUUCUUUCAGACUUAAGUCUAACAAAAAUUCUCUUUUAUCUUUUUUUAUAUGAUAUUGAAGUAAUUGUAGUCAAGAAAAAAUCUAAUAGUUUUGAAAAUUUUGUAAGAUUUUGAAAUAAUAUUUUUCUUUGUGACUUUAUAAUUUUCAUAUAUACAUUUAUUAUCAGAGAUGCAUUAAGUAUAUAAAUCUGCUACACAUUAAUUAAAUUUGUACAAAUCUAAGAUCUAGAUUUUCAUUCUAUGUAAAAUAUUCAAGUUUAAGAUAUCAAAAAGAUCUUUAUCAUUAUUUAUAUAAAAACGUAAUGAACUUAGUGGAUUUUAAAUUGUUGUUGUUAUUGUGCUAAGUUGCUCUAUUAGAUUUCUUUAAGAUUAUUAUAAUAAUAAAAUAAUUAAAUUAAAAAAUAGAUUUAAUCUGAUAUUAAAAUGGGAGUACAAAAAUUAUUAGAGCAACAAUAGAUCUAAAAGUGCAGAAUUUCUUAAUCUUAGUCAUUAUAUCUUUAAGUUAUAAAAGAUUUAUUAAUUGUUUGUGCUCUUUGCUAUAAAAAUCAGUCAUAUAAUAACGUUUUGAUAAGCUUUUCGUAUAAAAUUUUAUACCUCAUAUAUGACUUUUGACAAAUAUAUAUUCUUAAUGUAUCAAUACAAUAUUCAGUUUUGUAAAUUAUCAAGAUAUUAAUUCAAUAUUUUGAAUUCAUUUUCAACAAACUGAUAAAAUUUGAUGAUUAAUUUAGAUUGUGCAAUAUAUGUAUAAAUUUUACAAUAGUAUAGUAAAUUUUCUAAUAAUUUUCGUAUAGUAUGAAAAAUAUUAAUUUUAUGUCACUGAUAAAUAUAUAUAUAUAUGAAUGAAUAUAUCUCGUGAAUUUAAAAACCAGUACUAUAUCCGAGUUAGAUUACUAGUUUUUGAUUGAAAAUCGUGAUUUUCAUAUAAUUUGUAUAAUAUAUAUGUAUAACCUUAGUUCCCUUAAGAUUACAUGUUUUUCUGCAUUUGAAUAAACUUUAUGAGCUGAUAAAA